GAAACAUCAAUGAAACAUUGAUGUAGCAUAGCAAAACAUAUCGUGGAGCAAAAAAAUACCGUAAAUUGUGAAAAUUUCUCAUCUAAAAAUAAACCAAAAAGACAUUUUUGAGGAAUAUUCCGUGAUUUGGGUGUAAAAGUGGCGUGAGGAAAUCAUCGUGAGAAGGCAUUGCAGUGCGUGGCGUGAAAGAUGGGAAAGGGUCAGAAGAGGAAUCAAGCGAAAAAGUUGCCGGCAAAUAAGAGGAAUGAAUUGAAUGCUCUGGUCGACACACUCAUUAGCCAUGGCUUCAAAACAACCACGAAUUUAUCGGAACAAUGGUCACAAUACGUGGAAAUUCGAUCGCUGUUGGACCGCGUCCAGGCCAUUGAGGCGGAGCUGAAAGUAAAGAGUGCAGGCAGCAAAAAUCGUAGUCAAUGCAUUGAGGCUUUCUGCAACUGGGCACGCGAGAAUGGUGCGGAGUUCGAAGGGGUCACGAUAUCUGAGUUCCCCGGCUAUGGGAUGGGUCUGGAGGCGACCAAAGAUCAAGAGGAGGGAGCCAUCUUCAUACGCAUCCCGAAGAAAAUGCUAAUGGGCUUGGAUAAUGUGAACACAGCGAUUGCCCCGAUGAUGUCGGAGAUGCCAAUGAUUCAAUCCAUGUCCAACAUAAAGCUGGCCUUUUGGCUGCUUGUGGAGAAACUCAAUCCCAACAGCUCGUGGAAGCCCUACCUGGACAUCCUUCCGGAGAAGUAUUCCACCGUUAUGAACUUCUCAGUCAAUGAGAUGCAGGAACUAAAGGGAAGCAGUGCAAUGCCCGGAGUACUGGCGCAGUGCAAGAACAUCGCUCGCCAGUAUGCCUUUAUCCGGAAGUACAUUGAUAACAUCAAGGAGGAUGCCUUCGAUGCUACGCUGCUGACACUCAAGGAGAGAUUCUCCUUUGAUCUCUACUGUUGGGCAGUUUCAACAGUCAUGACACGCCAAAAUCUCGUUCCCAUGGACUUUACGGAUAAGGGUGAGACGCAAACUCAGAUGAGCCCUACACUGAUUCCACUCUGGGAUAUGGCCAAUCAUGCUCAGGGGAGCAUCACAACGGUCUACAAUCCCGAAACUGAGUGCAUUGAGAGCUCCUUGCUGAGGAAAUGUCAACGUGGUGAGCAGAUUUUCAUCUUCUACGGCCCAAGAUCUAAUGCUGACUUUCUAAUGCACAAUGGCUUUGUUUAUGCCAAAAAUGAGCACGACACGGUGCCCAUUCGUCUGGGUUUGAGCUCAAUGGAUCAACUUGUGAAUGAGCGAACGGAUUUGCUGAAGAAGCUCAAUAUUGUGGUUUCGGGAGAGCUGAAUCUCCUGCCGGCACCAAAAUUCAUUUCACCUGAAUUGCUGGGCUUUGUGCGUGUAUUCAAUAUGAAUAAGGAGCAAUUGGAUCACUGGCUGGCCAGCGAUAAAGCCACGGAUCUUCUUCAUGCCGACUGUGCCUUGGAUACUGCAUUGGAGAUGAAAACGUGGAAAUUCCUCGAGACUCGUCUCACUCUGCUGCUGAGAACGUUCCCAACAACCCUCGAGGAUGAUUUGGCGAUGCAGAAUGGCUCCAAAUUGGGGCACAUUCGUGGUAUUUUGCUGCAAUUUCGUAUUGGAGAGAAGCAAAUACUCCACGAUGCACUUGAGUAUGUGCAGCAGAGAGUAAAGAGCUAAAGAGCCACAGUUGGUAUCAAAAUAAGUGCUUCAAUAUAAUCCCCCCCCCCCUACCUUGUGGUACAUAUUUAUGCGCAAAUUGGCCUAAAGGGCAAUAUUUUAUGGAUUUUAAAAAUUAAAGAUUAUAUUUAUUAACA